AUGCGUCCUCGAAGAAAUAAAGUAAGCCAAAAACAAUGGAACACUGAAUAUAAACGUCAAUACCGAAUAAGAAAAUGUGCUAAACUUAGAGAUGAAGAAGCACUUAUUAAACAAAGACAAAAAAAUACUACAUACAAGCAUCAGUAUCGAGCUAGAAUAACUAAUGUGAAUAAAUUUUGCAAAAGUUACUCUACAUAUGAAACUAAAUUUUGGUGGGAUAUACUAUACACUUUGGGUGAAACACCUUUGUCACCAAUGACUUUUACAUGGGAUCGAAGUUGUCCUUAUUGUUCAACUAUGCUUCUUACAGAUGAACUAGCAGAAUUUUGUUGUAAUCAUGGAAAACGUAUUCUACCUUUAUUACCCUCCUAUCCUACAGAUAUAAAUAGUAUAUUUAAUAAUACUAAUAUUAGCACCCUUUCACGAAAACUUAAUUCACUCUUUACUUUCACGGCGAUUGGUGUGCAAGGUCAAUUUGUACAUCUUUCUCCACCAUCUUCAGUCUGCAUUACUGGACGUACUUAUCAUCGUAUUCUUCCAGCAAAUAUGCCUAAUCAUUCUAUUCACUGGUAUCUUUACGAUGAACAAGAGCGAUAUCUUGCAGCUCAAAGUCGUGAGAUCCCUGAUACGUGGGUGUCGAUUAUUCAAUCUAUGUUAACAUGUAUUAAUCCUUAUGUUCAUUCUUUACAAAUGCUUCGAGAUAAUUCAUCUUCUACUGCUUUACUUGAACUAUGUGAAAAUACUUCAACUGGUGAAGUUGCUGCUAUAAUACAUGCAAAUAAUACCACCAGCUUAUCACCACGUAGUAUUAUUAUUUGGCGCCAUACGGACACUGCACCUAAAUUUGUAAAUAUUCUAAGUUCUCAGUAUGAACCACUCCAAUAUCCACUCUUUUUUCCUCAUGGUACACCAGGUUGGCAUGCCAACAAUUAUUAUGAUUUAUCGCAAAUCGAUUGGUAUCGCUGUCGUUUAUUGCAUGAACAAAGAUUUUUAAUUUUCGGAAGAUUGACAUCUGAAUAUUUAGUGGAUAUGUAUUCACGUGUUGAAGAAGAAAGAUUAACCUAUAUCUUAAAUGAAAAAAAUCGACUUAAUAAAGAAAAAAAAAACCAGAGACGAACAGGUCAAAAAGGUGGUGUUCUGCUCGUGUUGCCAAUGCCCUAG